AUGUAUCUGAUAAAUGACAGCAGUGUCAUGUCCGGUGUGAGGCGGAAGUUCCGACAUCAGCGGACCUCGUGCGCGAGGCACGCGGCAGGUCGUCACCAAUUAGCGAGUAUACAAUGGAAUUCUACCAGGAGGUGUAGUGUGUUAAGAGUAGUUCCACAACAGAUCGGUGUGAGUGAUGAAGGUCGUAUCGUCCCCCCUCACCCCUCGCCCCGUGGUUCGUAUUAUUCUAUCAAGUGCUGCACAUCCACUGUAGCCCCACCACCGGACCGUUCCACUAAACACUAA